AUGGCCCCAUUUAAAAUCGCCGUGGAAGGCUGUUGUCACGGCUCGCUGAACCAAAUCUACACUGCAUUGGAGUCCAAGUGCCAAUCUCGAGGAUGGACAAUCGAAGACAUUGACUUCUUGAUCCUCUGCGGAGACUUUCAGGCAGUCCGUAACGAACGCGACUUGAACUGCAUGUCUGUGCCACGCAAAUAUCGCCAGAUGGGCGACUUUCACCUCUAUUACAGCGGCAAGAAGCGGGCGCCGGUGCUGACACUCGUCAUCGGUGGCAACCAUGAAGCUUCGAACUACUUCUCCGAGUUGAAAUAUGGUGGUUGGUUGGCUCCGAAUAUCUACUAUCUGGGCGCGGUCAAUGUGCUCCGCUACGGACCGGUACGCAUCGCCGGACUCUCAGGGAUCUUCCACCGUGGGGACUACAACAAACCACACCACGAAUGCCUCCCGUACGAUAGGGACGAAGUUCGCUCUGUUUAUCAUGUCCGGCGUUGCGACAUCUCCAAGCUGCUGAAUGUGCGCUCGGCCGUCGACAUUGGUCUCAGCCAUGACUGGCCUCGAAGAGUCGAGUAUCACGGUGACUGCCGUAAGCUCUUUGCUGAGCGGCCCCAUUUCCUGAAGAGCGCUAAGACCGACAAUCUUGGAAGUGAGCCUGCGGAGCAAGUCUUGAAUCACCUGCGGCCUCAAUACUGGUUUUCUGGCCAUAUGCACGUCAAGUUUCGUGCCACAGUAGAACACAUUGACGACGCGAAGGUUGACUUCUUCCAGGACUUGCCCGUACCUAGAGAAAUACAGAAACAGCUACCAAAAGCUGUAAGGACUUGGAAGAAACCUCGCAAUCGACCACCCGAUAUCACGAACACGACCACCCACUUCCUUGCGCUCGACAAGCCAGGCCCUGUCGGCGAGUUUCUCGAACUACUCGAGAUUGAAUCUUGCUGGGAUGUGAACGAUCCUUCGGUCGCACCAUACCUGCCGAAGACACCGGGCGAAAAAGUCUCCCUGCAUUACGAUGAGGAAUGGCUGUCGAUCCUGUGCGCAACGGAUGGAACUGCAGGGACGAGCCGGACAACCAUUGGUGGGCACAUGGGCCCGGCGGAUGCCUCGCCUCAAGACAACGCAGAUGAAGCCCGAGCCUAUAUCAACGCCAACGUUACUGCAAAGGGUCUUUUACGGAUACCGAACAACUUCCAGGCGCACGCUCCAGAAUACGGGGGGUCGGACACCAACCACUGUGAAAAGCAGCCUUGCGAGUAUCCAAACUCUCAGACUGAGGCUCUGUGUGAGCUACUUGGGUUUACCAGAAGCAGAGCGGACGAGCCAGCUUCUGGUGAUGAAUUUGUGGUAUUUGAAACUUAG